AAUGUACACCAGGAACUACUAGGAAAACAACAGAGAAGGACACGGGAGGAAGAAAGCCAAUCAUCAUUAUUAUCAUCCGGUGAAAAGGACAGCAUUAAGCCAUUUGUUUCGCUGUUCGUCGUUUUUUUUGCAUGGCUCGGUUGCCUGGCACCCUCGGAUCACAUGUUCUGAAUCGUUCCGCUCUUUAGGGGGUUAAGGAUUCGGUAUUCGGUAACUCCUGACCCUCCAGCAGCCAGCGACCUGAGGUUCCUCUUUGUAGAGAGAGCUUCCUCCGUCCAGAUGAACCUCCUACAGAACAGGACCAUGCACCCUCAGCUCCGCGACGAGGAGGCCCUGGUCAUCGAAAACGCAAUUAGGCUCGCGAUCGACUCCAUCAUCAACGUGCUAUACAGCGUGAACGGCGCGCGCACGCGGGAGUACGAGCGGAUGCUGGGGGUCCGAGACAAGGAGAUCAGACGGCUGUCCGGCCGGGAGAAGGACUUCGAACGGGAGCUGCAACUCCUGCGUCGACAGGGCUGCUCCUGUGGGCUGUACGACGCCACCGAUGACCACUGCGGCUCGGGGUUCCCCGACCCGCUCCUCCAGAACCCGGACUGCGGGGACCCCAGUGGUGAUCCCAGGCCCGGGUGCGGUGACCUCCAUGACCCCAGGCCCGGGUUCGGUGACCCAAGGCCCGGGUGCGACGAUGCCGGGGAUGAGAUGGCAGCAGUACACGGGCAGUGCGAGAUGACGUUCUCUCUGGGUCUCUUCGACGCCUCGCCUUCCCAGGUCUCCGCCCAGAGCCAGGACUUGGGGGCCGCCCCUCCGCCCGCGAUCAGGCCCUCCUUUCAGCCGACCCCGGACCAGCCCCCCCCAGAGGCCGUCGACCCGCUGGACGAGACGCCGGCCCUGUCCAACGGCCCCGUGAUAAAGGAGGAGCCCUCGGACAUGGACGCCAUCUGUGAGAGCACUGACCUCCACGGGAUCCUGGGCCAGGGGGAGAUGGUGGGGGACUUCAGAGGAAGCCUUUACCCAGGGCCUGAGCGACUGGGACUUGGGGGCUCGGAGCAGCACAUGAUGAGGCGACGAAACCCACCACGAUCCGCGACGACACCGGACACACCGAGAGCGAGACGGAUGACAGACGGACGUCCUCCUCACAGGAUUGGUGACGUGUCCGAGACGGCGGAGGACAUGACUCCCGCCGUGUUGGCAGCGUUGCCGUCCCUCCCGGAGAAGAAGCUGCAGACCCUUCUGAACAAGCUGUUAGAUAUAGGAGUUGAGUCUGAAGAGGACCUGCGCUUUGUCCGAAUGGUGGAUCUGCACGACAUCCUCACCCCUUUGCAGUGUCGCAAGCUGCUCCGAACCUGGCGUGUUGAAGGUGAGUAUGUGGCCAUCACUGCUGCCGACCAGACCAACGAGGAGUUCCACCCCUCCAGCCCCUCGGUCACGGCCAGCAGCCCCCCAGGCGGGGGGAGCCCCAACGGGUCCACUCUCGAUCUAAGCUCCUGGCCCGACAACUUUGUGGUUCCUUGGACCAGGAUGCCUGCUUGCAUCACAACCGCCAUUGCGCUCAACGACCGUCCGUCUCCGAAAAGCCGCAGGGAGAUGGUCCGAAUCCUCGUGGACCAAAUGCGGCUGAAGGACUUGAACCCCACCAGGGCCAACUGCAUCGCCGUCGCCAAGAAGAUCGUGCGCGAGUACCCCAACAGCUUCGCCGACGUGCUGAGAGACGGCACGAGAAUCGGCAGCGGCUACGUGUCCCUCGUCACGCAGAUCAAGACCCGGGUCGAGCACGUCAACCGAGGCAACACCCUGGUGAGGCACCGGAGGCCCAAGAGACCCCCCACGGCGCCGGUGGAGGACGCGGCGGCCCGCACGCCAGAACCGCCGGCGGAGGAAGCGGCGGUCCGCGCGCCAGAAACGGACGCCCUGCUCAGGAGGAAACAGCGGGAGAUGAAGGAGCUGUUUGCCGCCGAGGGCCCGGCCGCGGCGGGGCGGGGACAAAUCGGGCCCCUCAUGGAGGCGACGUACCCUCUCCAACGGCAGGCCGUCGACGCCUGCCCACCCCCACCCGUCGUGGACCUGAGGGCAGACUGGCCCUACCUAUUCACGCCCAUAGGACUGUACAAACACUUCCAGCUGCUCACCGGCGUCGGUGUCCUGGAGAAGAUGGAGCAGGCGGUGGCUGAGAAGGGGAAGCUGAUCAUUAGUUUCUUCCAGAAUAAGCCGGACGGCGCGGACACAGUCCGGAUACAGGACAUCCUGAGGAGGUUCGAGAGCAGCGAGGAGUCGGCUUUCGGCCCGUGUGCCAUCCUGCUCCUCAUGGCGUACUUGGACGAGGAGGUGGAGGGACUCAUUCUUGAGGCUGAUGUCUUGGCGACGGCGGAGGAGGUGGAACAGGCCUUGAGGCUCCCAGACUCCCCACGGCUCAUCGUGUUAGGUGACAUGCUGACGUCGCGGAAGUGGAUGCUGAGCAUGGAGGGCAAGGUGGUGGUGUCGCCCCACCCAGGCUUCGUGGCCGGGGUGGCGGCCUUGUUGACGGCGUACUAUGCCUUUAACCUAGCGUUCCAGGAGGGGGCGUCGUGCACGCUGGAGUUCAUCCAGAGAUGUUUCCUUGGACUGAACCCCACCCAUGGGACCAAGGUUCCCUCCAGAAAGAAAAAAAAGGAUGUGCAUGUGUCCGCCUUGCUGAGACGCCUGAGGGACUUUGACUGGCUGUUUAUGUGAUUCGUUCACUGUUCAUUUCAGUCUUUAUGUUGUGCCCUCCACGGCCAGAUUAGAAAACAAAAGGAAAAUGUUCCUCUUGUUAAAAACACAGACGCACUGCUGUUGCGUGCAGUAGCGUUUCCUGGCUGAGCUCACCAGGGAGGCAAACAUGAACGCGCAUUCAUAAACGCGCGCAAUGCACCCGCACAUGCAUGUCUUUUCUAAAGCGUAGGCCUACACAACAUACGACGAGAGUGACGCGUCGUGUGGAGGCACAUUAGAGAGGAUCACAAAACUAAAAACUAGACACUUAACAGUGUGUCAGCAGAGUGCAAUGCUUCUAAACUUUUUAUCAAACGUGCAGACAAAGUUCAACUUUAUAAAGUAACGUUCAUUCAUGGUGCGUGCUGCUUAAAUGUGAUACAAAUUAGCCUUCUAGUCAGCUGAAGGCUCAUUUGCUUAGGACGUUAAAAGAAAUAGCCGAUUUGUGAUUGGUUGCAAGGAGUAGAUGCGGCUGGCCGCCCUUCCUAACCCUAUUUUUUUUUUAUCACAGAAGUGAGUUUUGGCCUCUUUGCCCCCCUUCAACGGCUAGCCCCGUCCGUAACAUACUCAGAGUAACAUCGGCCAGACGCCUGCCUUGCAAAGGCACAUGGCAAUUAUUUUCAACAUUUUCAACACUUUCAUGUAAUUAUUCAGAAAUAAACCCACCUUGCACAUAGAUUAUUUUGAAAAAAAAACUUUUUUUAAUCAUUUCAACAUCACGUAAAUCUUUUUUUUUGUUAUGUUACGUCCAUUUUAAGAUACUAACUGUUGGGAUCUCUGCAAGAUUUUAUGUGUAAUUGUAAUGUUUAAAAUACAUGAACAACAAGUUUGCCUUUGACGCAUGUGAGUAAUACUGCCUUAAUAAAUGCCUUGCCCAAUAGAACCUCUGUUUUAUGGUUUGUGAGAUUAUCCUAAUUGGUUUUGUUGUGCGUCUGUUUACAGAAUUCUGUGGUGUAUAUCAUAGUAACGAACUGUUUACAGCAUCCAGUAAAAUAAUGUUUACAUC